AUGGACCAACUCAAAGGCGCCUUCAACAGCUUCUCUGGUGGCAAUAACGAACAAGCCAACAAACAGGGUACCACACAGCAGAGCAGCUCCGGCUCCGGCUCUGGCAGUGGCGGUGGUGGGUUCUUGGGCGGGCUCGGUGACAAGUUCAAUUCUGCUGCCGGCGGUGGGCGUGAGAGUGAAAAGAACGAGGACUACCUAGACAAGGGAAUCGACUUCGUGCAAGAGAAGUUCCUCGGUCAAGGCCCUCAAGACAACGAAUCUGCCAUCGAACAAGCCAAGGACGAGCAGAUCAGCGAUUUCCUUCGGAAUCAAUACAAAUCCGCCACUGGCAAAGACGUCCCCAUCAAGGACAAGCCGACCAAGUUCUAG